CCUGUGUUUUCCGGCCAUUUGGUGUAACCUCACCUCCCUUUUCUGAGCAGUCUCCCUGAAAAAACAACUCUCUUAACUGCAAAAACUCACCAAAGGAGACCCUAAUAGCCUGAACUCUUUCAGUAUCCCCUCCUCACAAGAAGCCGCACAAUAUGGGCGGCAUUAUGCACGCGGUUGGGAGCCUACUUCCCUACCACCUUCUCUCCUAUGGCGCGCUACUCGGCACCGAGGUGUACCAGAGCUUUGUCAACACCAAGCUUUGCUUUCAGGCACUCCCGAUGCGCGAGUUCCUUGCGCUACAGAAGCGACUCUUCCCAGUGUACUUCAAGUGCCAGGUUGGCUUGGCUGUCCUGACAGCUGCAACACAUCCACCAUAUAGCCUUUUCUCGCUGGUCAAGGACCCAUGGGGUGCAUUGCCACUGGUGGUGGUUCUCAUCACCGGUUCCUUGAACUGGUUUGUGUAUGGUCCGCGAACCACGACUGCGUCUCUCGUUCGACGUGCCCUCGGUGAAAACGAGGACAAGCCGGCAGAGAACGAGGGGAAGCUUCACCAGGCGAAUCGAAAUUUCACCAUUAACCAUGCCAUGUCGAUUCAUCUAAACGCCAUUUCCUUGGUUGCCACGAUUUGGUAUGCAUUUUGGCUGUCGUCCAACCUUUUGCCUGAAGUUUGA